UCUACCGCACAAUUUAUUUUCAAACAAUAUUCAAUUGUUAUUAUAUUUUGACAAUUGUUUUCGCUUUUUGUGAUUUAUAGUAAUUUGUACUUGCAUGUCACUUUAUGUCUUUCACGUUUUACAUUUCUGUAAAUCACCCCCACCAAUGCAAUAAUUGAGAUACAUUGUAUGUCGGCCACUGUAAAAUGUUCUCGAAAAAGAGGAAAUUGUGUUGCAGGUUUUGCUUUACAGACCUUUGGCUCGAGCAUACGUUCAUCAAGUGUGCGACUGCUGCCUGUGCCGAGUUGGGCGUAAGUCUUUGCCUUCAAUGUUUUGCAGCCGGUACCGGAGAUGUUGUUCAUAAGAACACAGAUCCGUAUAAAGUCUUGUGCAAUGCCAUCAACAUUGGCGACCACUUGUGGACAGCUCACGAAGAAAUCACAUUACUCGACACAUUCAUGGAUACAAUGUCAUGGGAAAAAGUUGCUAAUAAACUAGGAAGAACACCAAAAGAAUGUGAAUGCCAUUACUUUGAUAAUUAUGUACUUUAUCCAAAAAUUAAAGUCCAGGAAUGUGUGAACAAAAAUGCAUUUAGAUUUGACAGAUUUGAUGAUGUGGAUACAAACCCGACAAAUGCUCUAAUAGGGGAUGCAUUGGAUUUAGAAGAAUCAUAUCAUCAGUAUGAAUUAGCUAUUCGUUUAGCUGGAUAUCAACCAGCACGUGGAUCAUUUGAAGAAGAAUAUGAUAACCAAGCUGAAUGCCUUUUACAAUUAUUAGAUGAACCUACAUGGAUUGAUCAAAAAUCAAAAUCAAUUUUAGAAUCAAAUGUACUUUAUAAACAGCUGAAUACAACUAUUUUUGACAUUUUUUAUGAGAGGCUGCAAGAACGAUAUAGAAGAAGACAAAUCGUUAGAGAUUAUGGACUUGUUGCAUUUAAUAAACACCAGUUAUGGAUUAAGUCUAUGGAGAUAAUAUUGGGCCCAGAAAUGAUGCGAAGGUUAAUUCGUUAUUUACACCUAAUAAAACCACUGGCUUUUGAUUUACUUGUUACCAAUUUGAAACAAGAACACGAAUUAUUAGCUAAUAUCCAUAAGCUUAUCAUUUAUCGUAAAAACGGCUUAACUAAAAUAGCUCAAAUAAAUAUUUAUAAAGAAUUAAGUACCAAAAGAGAAGAAUAUUUAAAAAUAAGGCCAUUGGGAUCGACAACAUCUAGAAUAAUUGAAAACUCAAAGCCUCGUAUGAAUGUGUGCAAUCUUCCAGGUUUCCAAAAACUUGAUGAUGAUGAGAGAGAACUUUGUGCACAGAUUAAAAUGUUACCUGAAUCAUAUUUGAAAUUUAAGGAAUUACUUAUAAACGAGUGUAAAAAAUCGAAAGGUAUAAUCUUAAAGACUGCAAGAAGUUUGGUUAAAAUUGAUGUUAACAAGACAAGAAAAAUUUAUAACUUAUUGAUGAGUAAAAAUAUAAUUUGGCAACAUUGCAAAGACUGAUAAUAUUAUUUUUUAAAUAAAAUAAAUUUGUUAUUUAUAUUUUUAUAAUUAUAAAUCAACAGGUGAGUAGUCUAAGAGAGGGGAGGGGUAUUUAGAUUAUAAGAUGUAUAAUUCAAAAAUAUAUUAGACCUUUGAACAGCUUCCCCUCCCACCCUGUUUUAUUUAAAUUUUAAAAUAAAACAUGCCCUUUAAAAAAUUUUGGCUACACGCCUGCUAAUUAUUGUUAUAUUUAAGGUAAAC